AUGGCAUUCAUUUCCAGGACUACGAUCAAGAGAGACCUGAGAUUCAAUGAGAGUGACCUUUUCGAUGAUGACGACAUUAUGGUGCGCAAGGAAGAAUUCCGUUGUUUUACAGAAUACUUUGAACAAUGGCAGGCUGAGUCUGGUGAUCUCAACCGUAUUGUCGAAGUCACAAGGAGACUGAACAAUCUCGGACAUGAGAAAGUUGGGUCGAUUGCUUUGGAAAUGACUUACUUGUUCCAGUUCCACUGCUACCAGCAGUAUAGAAGUGGCAACGAGAUACUAUAUGAGAAACAUGCUCGACUCUACGACAUCAUUCUAGAGCAAUUAUAUGCAAACGAAUGGUUUACCCUAGAUGAGAAAACUCGAUCACAGAGACGUUACAGGAUCGCCAACCAAAUUAAGAUUGGACGGCGAUGGUCGAUAUGCGUCAGCUCGCUUCCUUUAUCUCCCCCAGGGGCCAAUUUCCCCUACGAUGUGGAUUUUACUCAGUGGCUGCAUUUUGAUGAUCAAAUUAGCGAACAAAUGGACGUGGACGUGGACAAGAACGAAGACAAUGCCAUCACUAGUGCUAAUUCUGCGCCUCUCACCGACCCCGACCGUCAAAAUUCCCCUUCGUCAUAAGUCACUGACAACAAGAAUGAAACCUUCGCUAGCUCGAAAACGCCAGAAUUUGCAAAGCAACACCCUAAUAUUGAUGGCGUAAAGAAAAUGCUUGAAGAUUGUCUUGAGGAUAUGCAUUCAAAGCUCGUCGAAACUGGCGAUAUGGACUAUCCUCUUGGUAAAGCCUUCGCGUGUAUAUUCGAUAAUCCGCUAAGCUUCUAGGAGAGGGAGGAGAAAAGCCCAGCAUCUCCUAAUACGGAUCCAGUGUCGAGAUUCUUUGCCGUUGUUUGUAAGAAGCUAAGUCUGUUUUCAUCCUUACUUACUACUAAGACCGUUGAAGCUACGGUAGCGUUGAAUCUAGCUUGGGUUUACUGCGAAUAGGUGCUACUGGAGACUUUGUGCCACAUACGUUUUAGGAUUAUUAUUCGCCGAACUUAGUUGGCUGCCCUAGCCUAGGCACUCUACGUCGUGUCGCGAGAGGGGGUCGAGAACUUCCAACCGCUCCCAAUCAAUGGCGCCAAGCCCUAGAAGUGCCUCGAGAAGGUCAAAAUGGCCCCCCUUGAUUCGUAGACUCUACGUCGGGGUGACAUUGUUAGCGUAGACACCGGAAAUAGUGCCGCCCCUACUAAGGUUUCUGACAUUCGAUGGCUCGAUGAUAGCCAAUUUAUUGUGGUCUACUAUUGGCUAUAUACGAGGGAGGAAAUACUCGAUGAGCUCUAGAUAGAUAGGGCUAUUCCUUUGUCUACCCUUAGGAAUCUAGAUCAAAUGUGGCCGGCUAGCGUUCCCUCUAAAUAUAUGCUAAGCACUAACCGAACUAUAACUAUCUAGG